ACCAUAUGCGUUUUAAUUGAUAGUUCGAAGGUACAAUAUAUAGGAAAUUAUACCGAAAGAAAACAAUACAUUUUGUAUAGCAAUGGAAGGGUGAAACCGUAAAUGCUCUAUUGUUAAGAAUAAGACAAAAUAAAACAAAGAAGGAAAUAAGGGGCAUGCACGUAAAUGCACUAUUGAGUGAAUAGUAAUCAAAUACUUUGAUACUCCCUUUAUAAAGACUCGCAAAUUCUAUUACGUGCGCCAAUUUUCCUUGACUCUUUUUUAAAAACCCAUUUUCCUCUCCUAAACCAACAUCGACGUCGACUCUCCUCCUUCAAUUCCUUUCUUUCCUCUUUCAUCAUGAAGAAGGAGAUGAUCGAAGAGCUAAAUCAACCAUUAAUUCCAUCACCGGAAAAAACCGAAAACUCGAUCGUAAAAAAAGACGACGAUGAUAGUAAAAAACUAGGAGAAAGAGUAUGGGAAGAAUCGAAGAAGUUAUGGCAUAUAGCAGGUCCAUCAAUCAUAAGCAGAAUUGCUUCUUUUUCCAUGAAUGUCGUUACCACCGCUUUCGCCGGUCACCUCGGUGAUGUCGAACUUGCUGCCCUCUCUAUCGCUAACACCGUUAUUGUUGGCUUCAAUUUUGGAUUAUUGCUAGGGAUGGCAAGCGCAUUGGAAACACUAUGUGGACAAGCAUUCGGAGCCAAAAAACUACACAUGUUAGGAAUCUACAUGCAAAGAUCAUGGAUAGUCCUUUUCCUUUGUUGCUUCCUCCUCCUCCCAUUCUACAUCUUCACAACCCCGUUACUCAAACUCGUGGGCCAACCCGACGACGUGGCCCGUUUAUCGGGCCUAGUCGCCGUAUGGCUCAUCCCUCUACACUUCAGCUUCGCCUUCGUGUUCCCCGUCCAACGGUUCCUCCAAAGCCAACUUAAGACCGCCAUCAUCGCCUGGGUCUCGUUCGGGGCGUUUCUUGUUCAUGUGUUAAUGAGUUGGGUGCUUGUUUAUGUGUUCAAUAUGGGAAUUAUUGGACUUUGUGUUGCACUUAAUGUGUCUUGGUGGAUACUUUUCUUUGGGGAAAUGGCUUAUGUGGCUUGGGGUGGAUGUCCGGAUACUUGGAGUGGGUUUUCUUGGGGAGCUUUUUCUGGUCUUUGGGAGUUCGUUAAGCUCUCUGCUGCCUCUGGUGUCAUGCUCUGCUUGGAGAACUGGUACUACAGAAUUCUGGUGUUGAUGGUAGGUGGUUUAGAGAACGCUGCAAUUGCCGUUGAUGCGCUAUCUGUUUGCAUGACAAUUAAUGGAUGGGAGAUGAUGGUUCCUCUCGCUUUCUUCGCUGCAACCGGAGUAAGAGUGGCAAAUGAACUAGGAGCAGGAAAUGGAAAAGCAGCAAAGUUCGCGACAAAAGUAUCAGUGGCAACUUCGACAGUAAUCGGACUAUUCUUCUGUGUACUAAUAAUGGCACUUCAUGAUAAAUUUGCCAUCAUAUUCUCAGACAGUGUUCCUGUUCUUGAAGAAGUUGAUAAACUUUCAUGGCUUUUGGCUGUUACCAUUCUUCUCAACAGCGUUCAGCCUGUCCUCUCAGGGGUGGCCAUUGGAUCAGGGUGGCAAGUAUAUGUAGCAUACAUAAACAUAGGGUGUUACUAUGUUGUUGGACUUCCUCUUGGAAUUGUGAUGGGUUGGGUGUUUAACACCGGUGUUGUGGGUAUUUGGGCUGGAAUGAUUUUUGGUGGCACUGCUCUUCAAACAUUGAUAUUAGGAAUAAUCACGGUGUUAUGCGACUGGGAAAAAGAGGCACAAAAGGUAGUUGCUCAUGUACAGAGUUGGUCCGACCAACCUCAAAACCAACCAAGCAUUCAACAAGCUUGAAGCAAUAUAAUGGACUCAUUUUUGGCCAAGUGUUUUUUUUGUCAAGUCUAGUAGACAUAUAUAAUUUCGACGUGUGUUUUGCGCGCGCUAUGAAAGACAGAUGCUUAAUCAACGAAGGGGCUCGUGUCGUCCAAGAGUACGUAUCCAUUGAUGCUGCUGCGUUAUUAUUCAGAUUAUCUCUGAGAUCAUUACAUUGUACGUUGUAGAAUUAGGGAUUAGAUAUUUUUGGGUUAUUAUGUUUUCACAAAUUCUUAUUUACAAUGGGUGUACAAUAAAUAUUGUUCGCCGAAGUAAAAGUUAACUCAAAAUGCUUAAAAGUUAAGCUUAUAUAUGUAAAAGUUAUCUAUUUUUAA